AUGCCGCUUCCACCAUCUCAUCCAAGCUCCCUCCCGGACUGGAGCAAUGUCCACGUCGUCCAUCGCAACACUCUCCCACCCCGAAGCAACUUCUACCUCUACGACACCGAAGCAGCCGCGCUCACGAGGGACGUUGGUAAAGCCAAAGCGCAAUGUCUCUCUGGGAAAUGGAAGUUCCACUGGUCCAAGUCACCAUUCGACGGGCCGCGCGACUUUUACAAGUCGGACUUCAAGGACACCUCUUUCAAGGAUAUAGUCGUCCCGGGAAUGUGGCAACUCCAAGGAUUCGGAAAGGGUCCGCACUACACCAAUAUCCUGUAUCCGUGGCCGGUGACCUCGUUCGAGGUUGAUGGGUCGUUUGCAAAUCACCAGCUGCGGCUGCGAUUCGAAGGGGUAGAUUCCUCAUUCACAGUAUGGCUUAAUGGGAAGGAAGUUGGGUAUUCGCAGGGCUCUCGGAAUCCUAGUGAGUUCGACGUGACGGAGCAUAUUCAAAUCGGCCGAGAGAAUCGCCUGGCCGUGGAAGUGUACCAGCGCUGCGACGGGAGCUACAUUGAGGACCAAGAUGAGUGGUGGCUCAGCGGCAUUUUCAGAGACGUUUACCUCCAUGCCUUUCCCAAAGUACACCCCGUCGACUUCCACGUCGUCACAGACUUGGACGACAGAUUCGAGAAUGCAACGCUGCGCGUCAAAGUCGACGUCAGCGCGUCUUGUGCCGUCCAACUGAAGCUCCUUGAUGCUACGACGCACGAGCAAGUUGUCGCGAAUACAAUCAAGGUUUCCAGCUCGGAUGAGUUCGAACUUGACGUCCCAAACCCGCACAAAUGGACCGCGGAGACGCCGUACCUAUACACCCUGGUGCUCAACUUUCUUGACGGCACCAAGUGCAGUCUGGUUCACCGCGUCGGAUUUCGAAAGACGGGCUUGAUAGACGGGGUAUUCUGCAUCAACGGGAGUCCCGUCAAGCUCCGAGGCGUCAACCGGCACGAGCACCACCCGGACCAUGGUCGUGCAGUGCCGUACGACUUUAUGCGUCGGGACCUGCUCAUCAUGAAGCAGUACAACAUCAAUGCCAUUCGCACAUCCCACCAGAUAAACGACCCGCGUUUGUACGACGUGGCUGACGAACUGGGCCUUUGGAUCCUCGACGAAGCGGACUUGGAGUGUCAUGGUUUCGGGGCAGUGGGCGGCGACGCGGCGAGCUACACCUCUGAUAAUCCUGCUUGGAAAGAGCAGUAUGUCGAUCGAGCACGACAGAUGGUUGCCCGAGAUAAGAACCACGCGUGCGUCAUCAUGUGGUCGCUUGGGAAUGAAUCAUUCUAUGGACGAAAUCACCAGGCCAUGUACGACGUUAUCAAGUCCAUGGAUAAUACCCGGCUGGUUCAUUAUGAGGGUGAUUGGAACGCGCAGACGGCGGACAUAUAUAGUCGCAUGUAUCCUGAUGUCGACUAUGUCGAGUCAGUUGCCAAAGAACGCGACUGGAAGAAACCACUAGUGCUUUGCGAAUUUUUGCAUUCCAUGGGCAACUCGGAGGGCAAUGCCAAGGAGUAUAUUGAUUUGUUUUACAAGCAUCCAAGGCUGAUGGGCGGCUUUGUAUGGGAAUGGGCCAAUCAUGGUCUUCGAACCAAGACUAAAGAUGGGGAGGAGUUUAUGGCGUAUGGUGGCGACUUUGGAGACGAACCUAACGAUUACAACUUUGUCAUGGACGGUUUAUUGUACUCUGAGCAUACGGUGAGUUCCAAUAUUGCCGAGUAUGCCAAGUCGAUCGAGCCGGUUCAAACACUGUCACUACAUCACCACAACAUUACAGUUGCGAAUCGUUAUGACUUUCUAGCGCUAGAUCAUUUGUUCGCAACUUGGUCUAUCGUUUCUGACGGGAAAGAAUUUGCAGGUGGCCGAGUCAAAAUACCUACAGGUAUAAGCCCACAUACGGAGGCUGUUGUGACGGCCGAGGGGUUUCACAACGGAAUGUUGAAAGAGGUGCAUGGCGAAGCGUAUUUGCAACUCAAAUUUCAAAUGAAACACGAGACAAAUUGGGCACCUGCUAAUCACCAAGUUGCCACCGGAGAGCUCCGGGUGUCGCGACCGUUGUCUGUCAAUGCUAUUCAGUCUAUUGAGCCGCCGAUGCCGAAAUCAACCUUGCAAAUGGCGUCAGACUCGCAUGUUAACAUUUCUUCUGCGUCCGGGAGCUCAACAUGGGCUAUAGACACGGCGACAGGCACCCUUGUAAGUUGGAAACGUAGAGACAAUCCCACUCCUGAAAUAAUCAGCCAGCCCAUUACCAUGGACUUUUAUCGUGCUUUGACGGACAACGAUCGCGGCGGCCAUGGGCGAGAGUGGAUAGACAGCAGACUGCAUCAAACAUCUACGCAUGUCAAGCAGGUUCAAUUCCGCGAAGUCCAGGAUGGCAUUACGGUGGAAAUAAAACAGAGGAUCGCCCCUCCUGCUCUUCUGUGGGCGGUUGACACCAUAUGGACGUAUCACUUCCGAGGAGAGUCGCUCGCCAUCAAUGUCAAAGGAAAGCCACACGGCUUGGGUCUGCCAUCGACAUUUGCACGGAUCGGUAUCACCCUGGGCCUUGCUGGGGCAGACCGAGCGAAAUGGUGGGGCCGCGGCCCGGGCGAGUCAUAUCGAGAUAAAAAAUACUCCCAAUUAUUCGGAAAUUGGGAGUCGACUGUUGACCAUCUGUGGGUUGAUUACGAGUUUCCUCAGGACGGUGGGAACAGGACCGACGUUCGUUGGGUUGAGAUUCUCGGGCCCACGGGGCGUCUUCUGAGGGCCAAUUUUGGCGAUCUAGAUGGUGCAAGCUUUUCAGCCAUGCAUUACUCAACAAAGGAUAUUGACAGCUGCACGCAUCCGUAUGAGCUGCACAAGCGGAAACGCGACGACACGGUUGUAAGACUUGACUGGGUACACCAUGGGUUGGGUACUGGCUCGUGCGGCCCAUGGACUCUGCCGCGGUAUUCGUUGAAAACUGAUCAUGAGUUCAGUUUCGAUAUUCUUUUGGACUAA